GUGACACUUCCACUGACAGCUCCUCAUCAUGGCGGCAAACGGGACCGCCGAAUCCCAGUGGCUGGCCCAGCUGGAAGCCAUGCGCCAGGCUAUUGCCGAUCUCAAGCUUCCCAAAGACCCCGCCAACGAAACGAGUUACGGAAGCGAUUUGGACCUGGAUUUCGACGACGACUAUUCAUCCCCCGGAACAGCUGACGAUGACAUCUGGGAUAUCCUCAGCUCUGACGAUGAGUCCAGCGAGGCUCUUGACGACUUUGACGACCUCCCCCCUCCCCCGUCCUCGGGCUACGACCAGUUCUGGCUCGAGCAGAAGUGCCAGAGCAUCACUGCCAGCAAGCCGGGAAUGGACGCCGCAGAGCUAACACAGCAAAUUACCGCUGCUCUCGCCACCGACAGCGGAGACGAUGAGCUGCAGAUGUCGCUGGCCGAAAUCGUGGGAUUCGACGAUCUCGAUUUCGUGAUCGACUUGAUCGCCCACAGGGUGGAUAUCGUUGCGAGUGCACAUACCGGUCCGGAGGCUCAGACUGAUGGCCUGAUGGCAGGGAAGCUGCAGACGAGGGCGGAGCGGGAGCAAGCCUUGCGACAGCAGGACUAUGAACACAAGAACGCGACGUUGCUGCCGGCACAGACCAGAGGGGAACCGCAGUACCCUCAUGUCUUCAAGUCCAGUGAUUCCCGGAAUGUUCUUGCCAUUGGGGGCAAAAGCUACGGGCUUCCCUUGGGCAGCAGGCAGUUCGAUGAGCAGAAGUACACUGAGAUUGAGGUUCCUGCGUCGAAGGUUGGUUACACGAGACCGGGAGAGAAACUUGUGCAGAUCGCGUCCCUGGAUGGACUAUGCCAAGGCACGUUCAAAGGCUACAAGUCGCUCAAUCGCAUGCAAAGUCUACUAUAUGAGGUGGCCUACAAGACUAAUGAGAAUAUGCUCAUCUGUGCCCCCACCGGUGCGGGUAAAACCGAUGCUGCUAUGCUUACGAUCCUGAAUGCUAUUGGAAAGAACACUGUUCCGAACCCCAUCGAAGAGCCACAAGCCACUGAGUUUGCGGUGCAGGUGGAUGAUUUCAAGAUCAUCUAUGUGGCUCCGAUGAAGGCUUUGGCUGCCGAGGUCACGGAGAAGCUCGGGAAACGACUGGCCUGGCUGGGGAUCAAAGCUCGCGAACUCACUGGUGAUAUGCAACUGACAAAACGAGAGAUUAUGGAGACUCAGAUUAUCGUCACCACCCCUGAAAAAUGGGAUGUGGUUACCCGGAAGAGCACGGGAGAUACGGAGCUUGUGCAAAAAGUACGCCUGCUGAUUAUCGAUGAAGUCCACAUGCUGCACGACGAGCGUGGUGCAGUCAUCGAAUCAUUAGUGGCUCGUACUCAGCGUCAAGUUGAGAGCACGCAGUCGUUGAUUCGUAUCGUCGGCCUUUCUGCCACUCUGCCCAACUAUGUCGACGUUGCAGACUUCCUCAGGGUGAACAAGAUGGCUGGUCUGUUCUUCUUCGAUCAAUCAUUCCGUCCUGUGCCCCUCGAGCAACAUUUCAUUGGUGUCAAAGGCAAGCCCGGCUCGAAGCAGUCUCGUGAGAACAUCGAUGUCGUGGCCUUCGAGAAAGUUCGUGAUAUGCUCGAGAGAGGACACCAAGUCAUGGUUUUCGUACACUCCCGGAAGGACACUGUUAUGACAGCUCGAAUGCUGCGCCAGAUGGCGACUGAGGAUGGGUGCGACAGCCUGUUCAGCUGCCAAGAGCACGAAGGAUAUUCAAAUGCUCUCAGCGAUGUGAAACGUAGCCGUGCCCGCGAGCUGCGCGAAUUGUUUGCUGGCGGGUUGGGCACGCAUCACGCUGGAAUGAGCCGGAGUGACCGUAAUCUCAUGGAGCGCUUGUUCUCUGAAGGCCUCCUCAAGGUGCUCUGCUGUACUGCCACGCUUGCCUGGGGUGUCAACCUUCCCGCUGCUGCCGUCGUCAUCAAGGGUACCCAGUUGUACAACCCACAAGAAGGUAAAUUCGUCGAUUUGGGAAUUCUUGAUGUUUUGCAGAUCUUUGGUCGUGCUGGUCGUCCCCAAUUCCAGGAUACGGGUAUUGGCUUCAUCUGUACGACUCAUGACAAGCUUCAACAUUAUAUUUCCGCUGUAACAUCGCAGCAACCGAUUGAGUCUCGCUUCUCUAGCCGCUUGGUGGAUAACUUGAAUGCCGAGAUCUCUCUUGGCACGGUCACUUCGGUUCCCGAAGCAGUCCAAUGGCUGGGAUAUUCCUAUCUUUUCGUUCGUAUGAAACGCGAGCCACGCAACUAUGGGAUUGACUGGGCGGAGAUACGUGACGAUCCCAUGUUGGUUCAAAGACGCCGCCAGCUGAUCAUCCAAGCCGCUCUCGUGCUGCAGAAGAGUCAAAUGAUCAUCUUCAAUGAAAAGACUGAGGAGCUUCGUGCGAAAGACGUUGGACGUAUUGCAAGCCAGUACUAUGUUCUGCAAACCAGCAUUGAGAUUUUUAAUGGACUUAUGAGACCUCGAGGAAGCGAAGCUGAUGCGUUGAGGAUGAUCAGUAUGAGUGGUGAAUUCGACAACAUCCAAGCCCGAGAGAGCGAGUCCAAGGAGCUGAACAAGCUGCGGGACGAGGUGAUCCAGACAGAGGUAGAGGGUGGUAAUGACUCCCCACAUGCUAAGACCAAUAUCCUGCUCCAGUCGUAUAUCUCUCGCGCCAGAAUUGAAGAUUUUGCCCUGGUGUCCGAUACAGGUUAUGUGGCACAGAAUUCGGCACGUAUCUGCCGUUCUCUAUUCAUGAUUGCGUUGAACCGACGUUGGGGAUACCAAUGCCAGGUUUUGUUGUCUCUGUGUAAGGCUAUCGAGAAGCAGAUGUGGCCCUUUGACCACCCGUUCCAUCAGUUUGAUCUGCCACAGCCGAUCCUCAGGAACUUAGACGACAAGCUUCCAACGUCAUCUAUCGAAUCCAUGAAAGACAUGGAAACAGCCGAGAUCGGACAGUUGGUUCACAAUCACCGGAUGGGCAAGGUGUUGGGAAAGCUGUUGGACAACUUCCCUACCCUAGGCGUGGAGGCUGAAAUCGCACCACUCAACCGUGACGUCUUGCGAAUUCGUCUUAGCCUUUAUCCCGAAUUUACUUGGAACGAUAGGCAUCAUGGAACUUCGGAGUCGUACUGGAUCUGGGUAGAGAAUUCAGAAACCUCUGAGAUCUACCACCACGAGUACUUCAUCCUCAGCAGGAAGAAGCUCAACGAUGAGCACGAGCUGAACUUUACCAUCCCGCUGUCUGAUCCCCUGCCAAGUCAGAUCUAUGUUCGUGCGAUAUCUGAUAGAUGGCUGGGUGCAGAGACGGUAACUCCCGUGUCUUUCCAGCAUCUGAUUCGCCCAGACACGGAAAGUGUGUACACCGAUCUCCUCGACCUUCAGCCUCUCCCUAUAUCGGCACUCAACAACCCGAUACUGGAAGAGCUCUACGGACAACGGUUCCAGUUCUUCAACCCGAUGCAAACGCAGAUAUUCCAUCUGCUUUACCACACCCCAGCGAAUGUUCUGCUCGGUUCUCCCACAGGUAGCGGAAAGACGAUGGCUGCGGAACUGGCUAUGUGGUGGGCUUUCAGGGAGAAGCCUGGCUCGAAGGUUGUGUAUAUUGCUCCGAUGAAAGCUCUCGUUCGUGAACGAGUCCAAGACUGGAAGAAGCGCCUCACGGUAGCGAUGGGCUUGAAGCUGGUCGAGUUAACUGGUGACAACACUCCCGAUACACGGACGAUUCGCGAUGCAGACAUCAUCAUCACGACCCCCGAAAAGUGGGACGGUAUCUCUCGUAGUUGGCAGACCAGGGACUACGUCCGCAAAGUGAGCCUGGUGAUCAUCGACGAAAUUCAUCUGCUGGGUGGCGAUCGAGGACCUAUUCUUGAGAUCAUUGUGUCUCGGAUGAACUACAUUGCCUCGCAAUCCAAGGGAUCUGUCCGGCUGAUGGGAAUGUCCACUGCCUGUGCAAAUGCCUCAGAUCUGGCGAACUGGCUGGGGGUGAAGGAAGGACUGUAUAACUUCCGACACUCUGUUCGUCCCGUGCCCCUCGAGAUCUACAUCGAUGGGUUCCCAGAACAGCGUGGGUUCUGUCCGCUCAUGCAGUCGAUGAACCGGCCAACCUUCCUUGCCAUCAAGAACCACUCUCCGGAGAAGCCGGUAAUUGUGUUUGUCGCCUCCCGCAGACAGACUCGGUUGACUGCUAAAGACCUAAUCAACUACUGUGGAAUGGAGGACAACCCACGUAGAUUUGUCCGCAUGUCCGAGGAGGACUUGCAGCUGAACCUUACCCGAGUUAAGGAUGAGGCCUUGCGGGAAGCCCUCAGCUUUGGUAUCGGUCUGCACCAUGCCGGUCUUGUGGAGUCGGACAGGCAACUGGCCGAGGAAUUGUUCGCGAACAACCAGAUCCAGAUCCUUGUGGCAACCAGCACCCUUGCGUGGGGUGUCAAUCUCCCCGCGCAUCUGGUCGUGGUCAAAGGAACGCAAUUCUUUGACGCCAAGAUCGAGGGCUACAGGGACAUGGACCUGACUGAUGUCCUGCAGAUGCUGGGCCGAGCAGGACGUCCCCAGUUCGACACAUCGGGUAUCGCGCGCAUCUUCACCCAGGAUGCAAAGAAGGCCUUCUACAAGCAUUUCCUACACACUGGCUUCCCGGUAGAAUCCACCCUGCACAAAGUACUCGACAACCACUUGGGCGCCGAAGUUUCCGCGGGCACGAUCGCCACGAAGCAGGAUGCCCUCGACUACCUGACCUGGACAUUCUUCUUCCGCCGACUGCACAAGAACCCUUCAUACUACGGUCUGGAAAUCUCCGCCGAGGAGCACAACACCAUGGCCGCACAAGCGAUCGCCCAGGACUUCAUGAUCGAGCUAGUCGACAAGUCACUAGGCGAGCUCGCCGAGUCAACCUGUGUUAUCCUCGACUCCGCAACCGGCGACGUCGACGCAACACCAUUCGGAAAGAUCAUGAGUUACUACUACCUCUCCCACAAGACAAUCAGAUACCUGAUGGCGCACGCCAAACCCGACCCCACCUUCCAGGACGUGCUAAGCUGGAUGUGUUCGGCCACGGAAUUCGACGAGCUACCCGUCCGCCACAACGAAGACCUGAUCAACGCCGAGCUAGCCCGCAACCUGCCCCUCACCGUCGACUCCAUGGGCGACCUCCCCCUCUGGGAUCCCCACGUCAAAGCCUUCCUCCUGCUGCAAGCAUACAUGUCGCGCAUCGACCUCCCGAUAUCCGACUACGUCGGCGACCAAACCUCCGUCCUCGACCAAGGCAUCCGUGUCAUCCAAGCCUCGAUCGACGUUAUGGCCGAACUGGGCUACCUGCAUGCCUGCACCAUGUUCAUGUCCCUGCUCCAGUGUAUCAAAUCCGCCAGAUGGCCCGAGGACUCGCCCCUCUCCAUCCUCCCAGGCAUCGACACCGACAUCGACCAACCCAACAACAAGAACAAACGCCCCGACCUCCCCGCCUCCCUAACCGCCCUCUCCUUCCUCCCCACCGGCACCAUCUCCUCCCUCGUCCGCAAACUGCACCUCCCAAUCCAAUUCACAAAAGCCACCUCCUACCUCCCCCACCUCUCCCUCGCCCUCUCCACCAUCUCCCCAGCUGGCCUAACCCUCACCCUAUCCCGCAAAAACCCCUCCCAAGACAAAGAAAACCGGAUCUACGCGCCCCGCUUCCCCAAGCCCCAGACAGAGGGCUUCUUCCUCAUCGUGUCUACCGCCACCGCCACAGGGCAAGAUGGAGAUCUCCUAGCCCUAAAGCGCGUGUCUUGGCCGUCGAAAUUCCGACAGCAGCAGCAGCAGCAGCAGCAGCAGCAGCAGCAGCAGCAGCAGCAGGAAAACGCGAGUUCUCGUACCGGCGCGGCCGGAUCGAGUCGACGACCGAAUGGAAACAACCAGCAGAAGGACGGUGGUGGACUCGCGGUCCGGUCGUCUGUCAAGUUUCCUCGGGAUCAACUGGCACAGUCAGGGGCGAGGUUCGUCAAUGUCAGGGUGAUCAGUGAUUCGUAUCCCGGUAUGGAGUGGACGUUGUCUGGGGUGGAGGUGGUGGAUGCAGAGCCUGAGAGGCAGAUGGUUGCUGAGGCGUCGGUUCCGGAGAAGAGUGGAUAGUUGGUUGGUUGGUUAGUUAAUUGGGUAAUUGGGUAAUUGGUUGGUGGUUGUGGGUGUGGUGUUGUUCUGUCUCU